AUGUCGGACCACGUCACUCCAGGGUCUACGAGUCCCUUACCAGCCUCCGAGCCAAAGGGCCCUUCCCGCCACAACCAACGUAUUAGUCACACCAAAUCACGGAAUGGUUGUCUUAUGUGCAAGAGUCGCCGAGUGAAGUGUGAUGAAGAACGACCAAUCUGCGGUGCCUGUUCUGUCCGUGAAGAUGACUGCGUUUUUCCAUCUCCACAGAACACACGUGAUCUUUUACGAGGACAUCGGAUUCCUCGUCGCGAUGCGACAUAUCAUAAAGAAAUUUCUUACGAUGAAGUUGCUUCGAUACCACCUUCAAGCAUACCUACGAUUUCGAUUCAUCCCUUGAGUUUCAAUGUGCGCGCUACAGCACCCUGCCCUGAUGAGGGAUCCACAAAUGGCCUGAAUAUGCAUGACCUCACCCUCCUACAGCAUUAUAUUUUGCAUACGUCUAAAAGAAUGAGUUUAAAUUAUCACAAAUUUCUGGUGUGGGAACGCGUUAUCCCCGAUAUUGCUGCCAAGCAUGCGUUUUUGAUGCACUUGCUUCUAGCGUUAGCCGGUAUGGAUAUGUUGAAAAUUAGCACAUCGGAAGUACAAAGACCUUUGGAUGAUCAAUUUCAAGGAUUAGACGGUACAGAACCACUCAAUGUGGAACUUCAGGCCCUUAUUGAGCAUCAUCAAAAGGGUUUACAGGGGCUUCAAGAGAAAUUGGCGACUGCCAAGGACACAGACAUGGACGUAUUAUUUGCUGGAUCGAUGCUGGUUGUUGGCUUUGCAUUUGCUUCACUCUGCGCCAGAGAUCUAGAUCCAAAGUAUCACGGAUCGCAGGAGAUAUCACGAAUAGGUAUCACUAUUGAGGACCUUCCUAGUCGUUCUGACAGACCACAAAUACAUUGGCUGCGACUGGUUCGUGGUGUGACUGCUAUUGCGCAACAUUCUUGGAAGACCAUAAAAUUGGGACGUUUAAGGCCCAUGCUACUUCAUAGAAAUGCCAAUGAUGACUGGAAGCUUCUUGGAGCCGAAAAGGUAGCCAACAUCACUCGACCCGAGAACAUGCGACAAGGAUGUCUCUCGGCAUUUGCGCUAGGUGCACCUCAAGCCAUAUCAAGGCUGAGAGAAUUUUUGGAAAUCCUACGAAAUAUGAGUUCCAAUGACACUCGAGUCAAAGAAACCCACCCACCGACUUCUUUGAGUCCUAGUUUGGACCAAAUGGACUGUGUAUUUGCGGCCCAAGAGCAAUCAAUCACGGUGGUCGAAAGUAUUUACAUGCGCAUCCUGUAUGUACUUCACCUACAGCGAGUUGACCCGUGUUCCUCCCAUCCCGAUGUCCAAAGUGAGAUAGAAGAAGCAGCUAUCUCCGCCUGGCCAGAUAUGGUCCCUGAAACCUUCAUCUCAUCCCUGGAAUCUGAUGGAAGUUUAGGAAUCUUUGAGGCGUUCUCCUUUGUUAUCCUUGGACAUUUAUAUUUGCCGCUGGCCUUACUAGACGAGAUAUGGUACUUUGGCGAAAACUUUGGAACUGAGAUCAGAAAGAUCGAAUACCUGGUAGCUGGACUAAAUAGCUCGGAAUUGUGCGAACUGAUCCAAUGGCCGAUAAAUGUCGUUGGCUUGUUACUGAAAAAGAGCCAAAGCACACAUCACAUUUCAUAA